AUGGAUGAUCCUGAACUUGAAGCUAUUCGUCAGGCUAGGAUACGCGAGUUGCAAGCUACUGCUGCUGCUGGGGGUGGAUCAAAGUCUUCAGAAGAUGAUGGCGAAAAGAAACGACAACAGGAAGAGACGAGGCAAACAUUGUUGACACAAAUUCUUGACAAUGAGGCUCGAGAGAGACUCGCAAGAAUUUCUAUUGUAAAAGCUGAAAAAGCUCGAGCCGUUGAAGAUCUUCUAAUUCGAAUGGCACAAUCUGGACAAUUACGUGGAAAAGUAAGCGAAUCACAGUUGAUCGAUCUUUUGCAACAAAUCAACCAACAGCAAAAGCCAGAGAAAAAGAUUGUGUAUAAUCGAAAUCGAAGAAAAUUUGGAGAAGACUCUGAUUAA